AUGAAUCAAAUGAAUAUGGGUGGCUUCAACGCCGGUAACGGUGCGCUCGGGAACAUGCCCAUGCCAAAUCAUGGGCCCAACGGUGUCGGUAGCAGGAUACCCGAUGAUCAUGAGGACAACAACUACGAAGCAAAACUCAACGCCUACAUAUACGGCUAUUUUUGUGUUAAAGGCAAAUGGGAAUUGGCGAGGGCGCUGAAGGAUAGCGGGGUGGAAUUUGAACCCCCUCUUGUGAAUGACAAUACCAACGGCGCAAACGACAGCAUGCAGACAGAUUCCAAAGAUGGCAUAGAUCUGAAAAGACCCGAUGAUCUUCCUGAUUUUCAGCACCUGUGUGAUGGACAAGGAGGCUCGUUCCUCUCGAGCUGGUUCGCGGUGUUCUGGGACAUAUUUUGGGCGCAGCGAAAGAACACCCGGGGGAGUGCCAACGCCUCGCAGUAUGUGACACAAACUCAGCAACAAGCCCGGAUGCGCUCAGAGCAGCAAACCCAAAUGCUGCGGGCCAUGCCUGGGAUGGGUCCUGGCCAGCUCGAAGGCUAUCAGCAGAUGCUGCGAUUUAACAAUGCCACAAAUGGAAAUUUGCAGCGGAAGGCUUUAGAGAACAACCGCGGUCAAUUUCAACCAACUGCGCAACAAAUAGCCCAAAUGCAGCGCCAGGGUAUGAUGCAAGGAAUGCGUAGGGAUCCCUCAGACAUGGACAUGAAUGGACAGAGACCACGCACACCUUCUGCUGGGGACCAUGCACCUUCGCCCAACAAGAGACAACGCAUGGAUGGCGUCCAGUUCAACGGCGCACAACAUAUGAUGCCAAAUGGUAGAGGUCCACCAGGAAUGCCAGGGCAGAUGAUGGGAGGGGAUUCGGCACUCAAUGCUAACCAUUUGUUGAUGAACAAUGGAAUCAAUCCAGGUAAUUUAUCCGAUUCCCAGUUUGCCUCCUUCCAGCAGCAAAACCCCGCUGUCCAGCAAAAAUCAAUCCAAGUGUAUGCCCAGAACCUUGCAAAGAAUCAGCGUCAACAGAGUAUGUCAAACGCUGGUGGUAUGUCAGAUCAGGGCUCACCUCUUAUGCCUCCAGGUAUGGACCUAGGAGGAGUCGGAGGACCGGAAUACUACGGCGGUGCCAAUCCUGGUGCGAUGCAGAUGCGAGGUGGCGUCCCACCUGGGGCGCCAAACGGUGGGGCCGGAGGAAACCACGCACUACAAGACUAUCAAAUGCAGCUGAUGCUCCUCGAGCAACAAAACAAAAAACGGUUACUCAUGGCUCGGCAAGAGCAAGAUACGAUCGGUAGUGGCAGGCCCGACGGACCGGGUGGGAUGCCCGGUGCGCCGGGCUUUGCUCCAGGAAUGUCCCCCUCAGGAAGUCGAGGUGGUCCAUCACCAGGUCCGAGCGACCAGGCGAGACGAGGUACGCCGAAGAUGCCGCAGACUGCAGGAUUGCCGGGGUCACCGAUGCCUGACGGAAGCAUGCGAGGGUCUCCUGCAGCGAUGCCCUUCAACCCAAUGCAACAAGAAAUGUAUCCGCACAUGAACGGCGGUGGCAUGCGACCGCCACCCAGCUCCCAUCCUCAAUUUAACAACGGACAGAAUUAUACCCCAGAACAAAUGGUGGCAAUUUCAAAAACGCAGAAUGGGGGUAGGAUGAAUGGAAAUUGGCAGCAGGGACCUCCAGGUCAAGCGCCGAUGAUCCAGGCGCCUCAACCCCAGCAAGGCGUACAGAUGGGAACGCCGCAACAGCGGAAUGAGAUGCCUCCACCACAGGCUGUUCCCAAUCCCACUGUAAAUGGCCGUCCAGCUUCUCCCACAGCUCCCCCUACUCCUCAAACAACAAGCAAAGCAAACCCCAAGGGCAAGAAGAAUGAGAGGGAACGAAAGAAGCCAACGAAGAAGAACUCAACGGCCAGUGUGCCUCCCACUCCAGCUUCUGAGGCUGAGCAACCACCUACUCCUACGCCUGCAACCCCAGUCACACCGCAGCAUUCCGCCUCAUUUGCGCCAUCCAAGGCUGAUGGUCAAGGUCCAGCCAAUAUGAUGCCAGGCAUGACCUCGGCUGCUCCCGAUCAGCUUGCUCCACAGCAACAGGAUACAGCAAUGUCCGGGUUCAACGGUCUUGAUGCAGGAGUCGAUGAUUCAUACAGCAUGCCGUUCAACAGCGAUCUCAACAAUCCGGACAUACUUGAGAACUUUGAUUUCGAACAGUUCUUGACAACGACCGACGGGGAUUUCAAUUUCGAUCCCUCGACAUUCGAGGCUGGUGACGGUAUUGAGAUUGGUGGUGGUUCAUGA